AUGUUUUUAGGAUCGUUCAGGAUCACACCCCGUCUUUUAAAUUACACGGCUGUACGUGGCUUCAAAGUUUUCACUCCUGCUCUGUUCAAAAUAGGCGACACCAUCCCAACUGGCCUAAAAGGCAUCUACGAAUCAUCCCCUGGAAAUGACGUCGAUAUAGGAAAGGAAGUCACCAAUGGGAAGUUUAUCAUCGUGGGUGUUCCUGCCGCCUUCUCUCCUGCUUGUUCUUCGGCUCACGUCCCAGGAUUUAUCAAUCUGCUCGAUGAUUUCAAAGCUAAAGGGAUCUCCCAAGUCCUUAUAACCUGUGUCAACGAUCCAUUCGUCACUAAAGCAUGGGCAAGCCAGUUAAACUGCCCUCCAGAUUUGAGAAUUCUUGCCGACACCCAGGGAGAAUUCGCCAAGGCAGCCGGUAAACUAUUCGAUUCAAAGAAAAUAUUUGGCAAUGAGAGAUCAUCUCGUUAUGCCCUCAUAGUCAAAGACGGUAAAGUUUUGAACCAAUUCCUCGAGCCAGACAAAAUAGGUCUCAAAUUCUCGACUGCUGAAACCGUCCUCAGCGCCUUGUGA